CGAAGGCGCAUUACGAAAAGUGGGGUAGCAGCGAGCCAGUCCCUGCUACCAUUCAUCUUAAUUGCAGAUCACUACCACCGACCAGCAUGGUCGUUCCAACCACGAUCGCUACUUCAGCAGCAUCAGCUUCAGCAUCAGCAGCAUCGGCGACGCCCUCCUCGUCUUCGACUGCGCUUCCCGCGCUCACACCCAUCCAUGAAGCCCUGGCUGCCACGCGCUUCUCCUCCUGGUAUCCGUCGCUGCGCUCAGUGUCCCCAAAAGCGACCAUAGUGGAUGUGGCGAAGAUCCAGCCGGACUUCUACGAGUGGCUGCAGGAGGACGGGCUCGUGCUGCCGCGAGGGAGUGGGGCAGGCGUCGUAGGCGGAGAGCAGGAUGAAGAAGACGAUCAAGAUGACGCUGAUGGAGACGACGACGACGACGCCAGCAGCUCAUCAUCCAAUUCAUCAGCUCCACCACUACAAGCGCGAGAUUUUUCUGCGCUAGACGAGCACAUCCGCACCAUCAUCGAAAAGUACGAUGGCCAAGUCUUUCCCAAGAUGGACUGGUCCGCUCCACGGGAUGCGGCUUGGAUUCUACCAGGGCAGACCCUACGAUGUACUACUCCGGCUGAUGUGUAUCUUCUGCUCAAGAGUAGCAAUUUCGUCGCCAAAGAUGUGGAGCAGGCCACUGAAGCCUCUUCGUCCACGCAAUCGCAACCGCGUCUCAACCUCAUCCUCAAGCGACACUUCUCCUCCCUCCAACCCGCCCACGAGUUCCGCUGUUUUGUUCGAUCAGGACACUUCGUCGCCGCCUGUCAACGGGAUGCAACGACGUACUAUGACUUUCUGCAACGGGAGGAGGUCAAGCUCGAUGUGAGGAGGAAGCUGAGGGACUUUUGGAUUGAGCAUCUUCGCCCGAGAAGCAGCGCCGAAGGCGAGAGAGGGGAGGAAGAUGGGGCAAGCAGAGGUGGGAAGCUUGACCCUAGGCUGCAUGACUACGUCUUCGACGUCUAUUUGACACGCGAUAGGGAGAAGGUGUUCCUCGUAGACGUCAAUGCGUACCUGCCGCGUACGGAUGCGCUUCUUUGGGAGUGGGAGGAGCUCGAGGCCAAGGCGACUAGGGCGUGGAGGAGAAGACAUGGUGCUGCGCCUUACCGUGCGGAAGAGGAACAGGAAGAGGACGAGCAGGAAGCAGAGGUCAAGGCUACGUUUGGUGACGAGGACCAGGCAUCAGACGACGAGGGCGAGGAUGACGACGAUGAGAAUGGGGAGCGCGACCCCCGUGGUCAGCCCUUCAUCCGCAUCUACACCGACGGCCGUCCUCCAACAACACAUUAUGAACCUUGGCCAGAAGAGAGCGCGCCUUCAGCAACCCUCAUGAACCUCGAUCGUAGCAGUGGCAGCGGCAGCGGCAGCACAUCGUCAGCACCGAGAAGACCACGCGCCCCCUUGCCCACUCUCCGCAUUCUCACCUCGCAAGCACAGGCUCAACACGCAAUGGGCGGCGCACCUGCCUAUGUGGCCAACAUGGCACCUCACGAGGCAGUGAGUGCUGCAGACGGCGGCAUGGGAGCGCAAAGCGAAUUCUUGAGGGCAUGGAAGGAGCAGCAGCAGCAGGCGACGGCUGCGUAGACGCACUGUAUCAUAGGAUAAGGCGGCAUCGAGGCAAGAGUGGAGCUCGAGAGAAAGGCUUUGCAUUUGUUCAAGACAGCGAGUAGCGGAGCGUUGGAGCAAAACAGAGAGGUACAGCCGGCGAAGGAGUUCGGAGAGAUUGCGGCGCAAUAGCAAUAGCAGGUGCGAUACAGUGAGUUGAGUGUGUGGUUGAUUGAUUGAUUGAUUGAUUGAUGGCGAAGCGACGCAGUGAGAGGAUUUUGUCGGGGUAAUCGGUUGAAGCAGUGCUGAUGUCAAGAGUCCCUUGAAAAAAGAAGCCUUGGCUUCGCAGACUUCUCAGCCUCAGUUGCCGAAAAGGUAGAUGAAGCUUCCCCUCUUUCUGGGCGCAAUAGGCAGCAACUCGUACUUG